AUGGCUGGGCGUCGCGCAGCAAAACGGAAGCAGCGCCAGCGUGUGAAGGCAGCAGCGGGUCGUCUAUCUGCUGGCAGCAGCAGCAGCAGCAGCAGCAGCGGAUCAUCAUCAGCAGCAGCAGCAGAAGAGGGACCCUCUAGCAUUGUUGUGAGGCGCGGCCGAGUGUCGCCUUCAUGCCGCCAACUAGUAUUGAAUUUCUCUUUAAUUGGAGAUGUUCAGAGAGAAGUUAGCGGUGCGCGAAUAGACCCAAAGGACCUCCGCAAGCCCCCACUGCUCAUCUUAAGCAGCAGCAACAGCAGCAGCAGCAGCAGCAGCAGCAGCAGCAGCAGCAGCAGCAAGAAUGCGGAGGGUUUAGGAAAAGCUCAGGCGCUGCAGCUAACCACCUCAAUGCUGCGGUCUCUCUUCUCUCCUCUGAACGACUUCCGGAGAGUUGCGUUUUUCCGUUCUGUCUCUGAGCAAGAAGCCAACAGCAGCAGCAGCAGCGACAGCAGCAGCAGCAGCAGCAGCAGCAGCAGCAGCAGCGACGGCAUCCGCUAUCAAUUCCGUCAUUAUACUGUCUCUCUGAAAGCAGCAGAUAUUACAGUAGGGGUAGAGAGUCUGCUCAAGGCUUCUGCUGGGGGUGCUGCUCAAAAGCAGCUGCUGCAGCAACUGCAGCAGAAGCAGACAGACGCAUGCGAUAUGCUGCUGGCAGCAGAGCAGCAGCAACAGCAACAGCAACAGCAGCAGCAGCAGCAAAACCAGCGAGUUGUAUUUGGUGCUGCAACGGGCCCCUCUCGCAUAUCGAAGUGCAGCACUUUGCAGGUAAUACUGCCCAGCAAGCAGCAGCAACUGCAGCAGCAGCAGCAGCAGCAGCAGGAGCAGCAGCAGCAGCAAGAGCUCUCCAUGGCUGUACAACUGAGAGAGAUCGGCCCGCGGCUCGAUUUGCUUCUUAUUAAGAUUGAAAAUGACGUCUGCUCCGGCGAGGUGUUGUAUCAUAAGCAUAUCUCGAAGACGCCUGAGGAGUUGGAAGCCCUUAAGAAGAAGGAGCAGCUGCUAAAAGCAAAGAGGGAGGAGGAGAGACAGAAGCUGCUAGAGAUGCUGCAGCCAAAGGGCAAUGCGAAGGCAGCAGCAGCAGCAGCAGCAGAAGCAACGAAUGGAGUAGAAGCAGCAGCAGAAUCCUCUAAAGCAAAAGGGGGCGUCCAGAGCAGCAGCAGCAGCAAAAAGAGAGACAGAGACAGCAAUGACGGAGACUCUGAAGAAGAAGAGCCGGAGAACGAAUCUCAUGCCGCAAAGAGACCCAAGUUCAACCCCUUCACCUUCAAGCAGCGGAAGCCAGCAGCAGCAGCAGCAGCAACAACAAAUAAUCAGCAGCAGAAGCAGCAGCGGCAGCGUUCUCAAUUUGGGGGCCGACGCAGCAAACAGCAGCAACAGCAGCAGCAGAGCCAAGCAUCGAAGCGGAAGGCUGCUGCUCCCAAGGGCGGAGCAGCAGCAACAGCAACUGCAGCAAAAGGCCCGCAGGGCAGCAGCAGCAGCAGCAAGUGGCGCGGUAGCAACAAGAACCGGCGAAUUCCGGAUACAGCUGAGGUGUAG